UGCCGUAAUUCGGUCUUGAAGAUUUCUGGGAAUGGUUGGAGGAGAAUAUAUGAGCACCCCCGAGCCCACUCGGUACAGGGUGAGGUAUCUCCGUGCGCAGCCGCGUACCACCUCGCGCAACAUGUCCGCGCACGCCGCUAACUCUCACUUCACUUAUUUCACAUACAACGAAUCUAUAAAACGCCAUGAAAAACUCUAUUUAGCGAAGGAAAAGAUACAUUAAGCCGAAAUGAACUUCGCUCCGUUCACGGGCCACAUACCGCCUGCCUCGGCGAUCCCAAAUAUCCACCAGUUCGCUGCAAAGUUCGGAUACGAGGGUGGGGCGAGUUCUUCGGGCGGAGUGCUGCAGGAGACGCGCUUUCAAUCGUCGGGCUCUGGAGGUUCAGUGCAAUUUGCCGUGGCACCGAACACCAACACCGUAGCAGUGGACGGCGUCAAGUUCCGACAGGCAGAGAGUGUGGUUGUAGUCAGUAAUGCCCAGCCAGUCUCUGUCGCUUUAGCGGGAAUCGCGCCAAUACAUACUGUGAACGCCGGUGUCAAAUAUCAGACAAUAACAGCAUCGUCGUCUUCCGUAAAUCUGGGUAACGUCUCGUAUGGAGGCCAAACUAGUUACGUCCAAGCCGAGGUUCAACAGUUGAAGGAACAACGUCUGGACAAACGCGAAUACCGUGAAGAGUUGCAUCACGAUUUAAUGGCCACCAUGAUGCAUCAGCAUCAAGGCGAAUACUACAUAACCCAACCACUACAGCAAGGAACGCAGCAAUUGCUGGUCGUUCUCCACGAGCCCAAAGAAGCCGCGGCUUUGGCGCGCGCUAUCAAACAGGAAGGCCGAUCAGACCGCAAUACGACCGCAGUCCCAGCUGAAUAUAUCAGCAUUGGAGACGUAACCGAUGCAUCAACAUGGCAGACCCUCGGCAGCGGCGUGGCGGACUACCUCUCAGCGCUACCGCUGCCCCUGCAUCAUUUGCUGAAAUAUUCAACUCCCGUGACAGAUAAUAAAAGGGAUGAUCAUCCUACUGUCGUCACAGCUGUGAAUCCUAGUACACUGAAUCCAACGCCUAUAACUUGUGUGUCUCCAUCUGCCGUGAACAGUGUCGUAGUGCAAACAGCGACCAUCGUGAAUCAAUCCCCUAAUAUAAACUCUGAUAUAAGUGUUCCUCUCGGAAGAAGGAAGAAGAAGAAAAAAAUACAGAAAGAGAAGAAGCCGCGUCCGAAACCCGGAGAGAUAAGACUCACUACCGCUUUAGAUGGGAGCACGUUAUACUGUUGCCCGGAGUGCCACAUGGCGUAUCCUGAACGUGGUCUGUUGGAGCAGCAUCUAGUGGGACACACUUUAGAGAGAAGGUUUAUUUGUGACAUUUGUAAUGCGGCAUUGAAACGGAAAGAUCAUUUAACGAGACAUAAACAAUCCCAUAACCCGGAGCGACCUCACGUCUGCUCCGUUUGUCUCAAAGCCUUCAAAAGAAAGGAACAGCUCACACUGCAUUUUGUUAUACAUUCCGGAGAAAAGAGACACAUCUGUAACGAAUGUGGAAAAGGUUUCUACCGGAAGGAUCACCUUCGUAAGCACACGCGUUCGCACAUAGCGCGGCGCGUCAAGGCGGAGCUUUCCCAACAAACCGCGCCCGCCUCGUCCUGACCGCAAGAGGAGAAGAACGAUCUGGUCACACUGCUUCAGGCCGCUAAGGAUAUUUUCUAAUGUCAUUUUUUUUUUAUUGCUUAGAUGUGUGGACGAGCUCACAGCCCACUUGGUGUUAAGUGGUUACUGGAGUUCAUAGACAUCU